UUCGUGUGUAAAUUAAUUUAGUUUACUUUUAUUCAAAAUUCUUACUAUCUAUAUUAUAAAUUAUUUGUUUAUAUAAGACAAGUUGAAAUAAGUUUAAUCCUAUGUCAUUUCGUCAGAUAAAUAGAAAGCGCUAUGUCUUGACAGAUUGUUCUUUGUUGUGAAACACAGGAUUGUUUUUUUAAAUGUCUGUAUCUUUGUGCGUUUUACGGAUAGAAAUAGACGAAGAACUAGCUGAAAUGGGUGAUAAUUCAGCUGAAGUCGAACAUGCCAAAGAACAAAAGAAGAAAGACAGAGGUUCCCGUGAUUCUAAGAUCAUAACAGUGGAAACUUAUGCCAGUGUUUUAAUGGGUCCUAAUAGUGUUUCUGGUAUACUACCUACUAGUUCUCGCAGAUCGCCUCGUGAGGGCAGCACCUCUGAAGAUGAGAAUACUAUUAGUUUCUUCUGUGGUAAUCCCCUGGUAGAAGUUACUAAAGGUGUUCUACACUUGUAUAAAGAAAAUGAAUUGAAAGAAGCUGAGGAAGCUAAAACACUGUGUCUCCUGUCAGUGCCUGGAGCUUUAGGUGCUGCUGAUCUAUUAGCAUUUGCUGCAGCUUGUCAGGAAGAUAUUUCACAUGUAAGGGUCUUAAGGGAUGGCUCACCUGAUCAUUACAUGGCUCUGCUUACGUUUAGAACAUGUCAGUCAGCGAGAGAGUUCCACUCUGCAUUUUCUGGAGUACCAUACAGUAGCUUGGAGCCACAGGCUCUUUGCCAUAUGGCAUGGGUGUCACGAGUAGAGUGGGCACGUCAUGGAGCAGCUCCACCUUCCCACACAGAACUGCCUACCUGUCCAGUAUGCUUAGAGCGCAUGGAUGAGAGCGUGGCGGGCGUGCUGAGCGUGCAGUGCGCGCACGCGUUCCACGCCGAGUGCCUCGUGCGCUGGCGCGACGCGCGCUGCCCCGUGUGCCGCUGCGCGCAGACGCCGGAGCCGCGCGAGCGCGCCGUCUGUGCGGAGUGCGAGAGUGAGAAAGAAGGCGAGGAGGAGACCGAGGAAGAAAAUAAGCACGUGACAGAAGGAAAGGCAGAGGGCGAGGUGGGCACGUGGCUCGAGGGCGCCGGGGCGGCCGAGGGACUGGACAGUGGCUCGCUGUGGAUCUGUCUCAUCUGUGGACACGUGGGCUGCGGCAGAUAUGAGAGGGGCCACGCUGCGAAACAUUUUCUGGCCUCAAAUCAUACAUAUGCUUUACAAUUAGGUUCCAACAGAGUGUGGGACUAUGCAGGCGAUAACUUCGUGCACCGGCUGGUGCAGAACAAGGCGGACGGCAAGCUGGUGGCGGCGGAGGGCGCGCCGCACGACGACAAGCUGGACGCGGCGCAGCUGGAGUUCACCUACAUCCUCACGCGCCAGCUCGACGGCCAGCGCGCCUACUACGAGGAGCGCAUCGCCGAACUGGAGCGGCUGCGCGCGGCGGAGCGCGGCGCGGCGGAGGGGCGCGCGGCCGCGGCGGAGGAGGAGGCGGCGACGCUGCGCGCGCAGCUCGCCACGCUGCGCCGCGAGCACGCCGCGCUCGACCGUCGCCUGCAGCAGCUCACCUCCAAGGUGUCGACCCUGCAGGGCGCGCUGACGGAGGAGCGCGGGCUGGCGGCGGCGCUGGCGCAGUCGCACGCGCAGUGGCAGGAGCGCGCCGCGCAACGCGAGACCGCUUUCGCGGCUGAGGUUGCAGAUCUUAAAGAGCAGCUGCGUGACGUGAUGUUCUUCGUCGAGGCUCGGGGUCAGCUGGAGAAGACUGAAAGCGCGACUCAGGAGGAGAUAGCUUCUGCGAGUGUAACAGUACAGCCUCCAGCCAAGCCUCGUCGACGGCGGCGAUAGUUUUACCCCUUUUUUUUAAUUUAUAGAAAAUCUAGCGUUAUAAAAAUUGUUUGUUAAAUAUUUAACACUGGUGUCAAGAUCUAAUCCCAAAUUUAAAUGAUUUAAAUGUCGUUAAAUUCUUUAUGGAAAAUCCAAUGGUCCAAUUAAAAAGCCUCUUCCUUCUUUAAUUUCGGUUCUCAUUUAUUUAAUACUAUUCUGUCUUUAUUUGUCUUUUGAGGCAAUCGAAUGUAGUCGUCCGUACGCCGUAAGCUUUUGAAAUUUAUUGUUUUUUAUAAUGUGCAUUGAAUCGCCAUUUUUGCCCUUCGUUGGCAAAAAUAAUAUUUCAAUGACUAAUUCCUAUUUAAUUUGAUAUUAUAAAAUAAUAGUAAUCUGAAAAAUUAGGAAGUGUAAGAUCAUAGUAGAAUGUAAGUGAUAAUUGUAAAUAGCUACAUAUUUCGCAUUGUAAAAAAAAUACAGAGAAAAUUUUAGAUACUGCUUACUACUUUUGUUAAUAUAUUUGAAAAGAGACCAUUUUUCUGAAUAGUAGUUGUUAAACUUGGUUAUUUUGUUCAACGAGCCUUUUUAAAAAUAUAUAAUGUGUUCGACUCUCAACUGUGUUCCUUCAAAUGGGGAGUUCUGUAUAGAUCACGUUACACAAAAAAAAAUUGUAUUCCAAUUUUAAAGAUGAUUUUGUUUAAAUAGACGAGCUAGUUUGAUAGACUCGUUCCGCACGAUCCCUUUACCUUUACAAUAAAAAAAUUCUACAAGAAAAAUAAUUCGUUUCUAUAUGCUGUUCAUUAAUUGUAUGCGGCAGUUAGUAUUAAAAUUUCACUUUCUCGACGUUUUUAGGGCUAAGAAAAAUGUAUUGGACUGUUAUGCAGAAGUACGUCGCCAGAGUAUAUGAAGACAUAAUAAAAUAGAAAAAUGGGCCUGGAUUUGUUUUUCACGUGGAACGUAAUCUAUUACACCUACAGAACCCCCCUAUUUGAAGGAACGCAGUUAGGAGUCGAACAUCCUUGCACAUUUAGCAAAGCAGGUUUUUCUAGCAGUUCUGCUCUAGCUUACAAAUUUCGACAUUCUGUGAUAUAACUUAAAAAUAAAAUAAAUAAGUAGGUGUCA